AUGAUGCAAGGGGAGGUUGGCCCUGGUAUCUUAAAGCAGGGGGCCCAAGAGGACAGGGGAGACACUGCGCGCCUGCAAUACUUCGUGGGCGCCGUCGCCGUGGGCGACCUCGUCAAGUCCACGCUGGGCCCCAAAGGCCUCGACAAAAUGCUGCAGCAAAUGCAUGCAGAAGCAGCAAGAAGAGAAAAGCCCCUCGUCACCAACGACGGGGCCACCAUUUUGAAGUCCGUGUGGCUGGAAAACCCCGCCGCCAAGGUCCUCGCUGAUUUGGCGCUGCAGCAAGACAUGGUUUGCGGCGACGGGACUACAGGAGUUGUUGUUCUUGCUGCUGAGCUGCUGAGGGAGGCUGAGCAGCUUGUGGAGAAAAACAUACAUCCCCAGGUUAGGGUUUAG